CAGAAAAAUCCAACACGUACGGCACGCAGCGUGUGUUGAAGUGUGAGCAGAGCUGCUUCACUGAGCCAAGCGGACCCAAAACAAACCAGCAGGACUGCGGCUCAGAAGAAAGAUAAGGGAGAGAAGAGCCUCGCACUGAGAGAGAUAACCAUCCUUAUUUAUAAAGCUGGAAGCUCAUUUUAUAUUUUGUUGGUUUUUGCUCUGCAGCUGAUAGCGGAUGCAUUUUUUUCUCCAUUAUGUAAAUUAGAUAUUUUUAUGCGUCUCUUUACACGAGAGUGGAGCUUGCAGUAGCAUUUCUGCUGAAAAUUUCUAGAUAAGAACAGUGAGGUAGCAGAAGACAUGGAGAAAGCACAGGGCUUCUCUCCGGACAGAAACGUCCUCUGCCUGUUUGAUGUGGACGGCACUCUGACACCACCGAGAGAGAAAAUCGACCCGGAGCUGGAUGAGUUCUUCCAGACUCUGCGUAAGAAGAUGAAGAUCGGCAUCGUGGGAGGGUCGGACUACUCGAAGAUUGCAGAGCAGCUUGGGGAGGGAGAUGAUGUGAUACACAAGUUUGAUUAUGUGUUUGCUGAAAAUGGGACAGUGCAGUACAAAGAUGGGAAACUCCUCUCAAAACAUGCCAUUCAAAACCAGAUCGGGGAGGAGCUGCUGCAGGACCUGAUCAACUUCUGCCUCAGUUACAUGGGACUUAUCAAACUGCCAAAGAAAAGGGGCACAUUUAUUGAGUUCAGGAACGGAAUGAUCAACAUCUCCCCCAUCGGUCGGAGCUGCACGCCAGAGGAGCGAAUUGAAUUUUCUGAAAUCGACAAGAGAGAGAAGAUCAGAGAGAAAUUUGUUGCUGCUCUGAAAAAGGAGUUUGCUGGAAAAGGACUACGGUUUACUAAAGGUGGCCUCAUCAGCUUUGACAUUUUCCCAGAGGGCUGGGACAAGAGACUCUGUUUAGAGGUGCUGGAGAGGGAAGGCUUGGAUGCCAUCUACUUUUUUGGCAAUGAGACCUCAGAUGGAGGAAACGACUAUGAAAUUUUCAACGACCCACGGACCAUCGGCUUCACGGUCUACUCUCCAGAGGACACAGCUCGGCUCUGUCGGGAGCUUUUCUUUGACGCUCUACCACAUGAGUCCUGAUGUCCCGAACUGCCCCCUUUCUCCUCAAGCCCCGUCUGAACACGAGUCUGUGGCCGUCUGCUGGCGAGCCCAGGCUGUUUUAAACUGAUGAAAGGUACCAAUACCGAUCUCUCCAUGUUUUUAAUAUUUCUACUAAAUUUAAAUGGACUGAAGCGGGGUGAAUGAGCUACACCUGUUCGGAAAGUCGCAGUUCUUUUUUUUUUUUUAAA